GUUCCCGAAAAGCUCAGGAAUGUUCCCGCGUUUCGUUUUAGUGGUGUCGUAAAUAAAAAGAAGGCGGCGGUUUAGUUACAGCAGAGAUGACGCCUCCGCGAUUCUUAGAGUCCCUAGCGAGCCGGGGCUUGGAAAGCGGGGUCGAAACGAACUACUUCUCCCGUCAUGCCAGGGGACAGCUCCACCCGCUCCACCCUGGGAGUCGUAGUCUUCCGCCCCUCGGAUCCGACUGCAAGCUCGGUGUGUGAACCCUGUUACCCAGAAGACCGCGCACUGCCGCUGCCGAAACCGGGAUUCUCCAAUUAAUCCUUACCGCCCGCAUUUAGCGGAACGUGUUGGCACGGCCCACAAGGCUCUGCGGGGCUGCACGAGGCUAGUUGCUAAGCAAGGGCUACUGUGGUCAACUGCCGCCCGGGCCACGGCGACAGGAAUUUUCAGAUCUGUUGCUACCCCAAGGUCCCCACCAUGCCUCACAUCGACAGUGACAUCAAACUGGACUUCAAGGAUGUCUUGUUGAGGCCCAAACGCAGUACCCUUAAGUCUCGAAGUGAGGUGGAUCUCACAAGAUCCUUUUCAUUUCGGAACUCAAAGCAGGUGUACACUGGGAUCCCCAUCAUUGCUGCCAACAUGGAUACUGUGGGCACCUUUGAGAUGGCCAAGGUUCUCUGUAAGUUCUCCCUCUUCACAGCUGUCCAUAAACACUACAGCCUCCAGCAGUGGAAAGAAUUUGCUAGCCAGAAUCCUGACUGUCUUGAGCAUUUAGCUGCCAGCUCAGGCACAGGCUCUUCGGACUUUGAGCAGCUGGAACAGAUCCUGGAAGCUAUUCCCCAGGUGAAAUAUAUAUGCCUGGACGUGGCAAACGGCUACUCUGAACACUUUGUUGAGUUUGUAAAGGAUGUGCGGAAGCGCUUCCCCGAACACACCAUCAUGGCAGGGAAUGUAGUAACAGGAGAGAUGGUGGAAGAGCUGAUCCUAUCUGGGGCUGAUAUCAUCAAAGUGGGAAUCGGACCAGGCUCUGUGUGCACCACCCGGAAGAAAACUGGAGUGGGGUACCCACAGCUCAGUGCAGUGAUGGAGUGUGCAGAUGCUGCUCAUGGCCUCAAGGGCCACAUCAUUUCAGAUGGAGGCUGCAGCUGUCCUGGGGAUGUGGCCAAGGCUUUCGGGGCAGGAGCUGACUUUGUGAUGCUGGGUGGCAUGCUGGCUGGGCACAGUGAAUCAGGUGGUGAGCUCAUUGAGAGAGAUGGCAAGAAGUACAAGCUCUUUUAUGGGAUGAGUUCUGAAAUGGCCAUGAAGAAGUAUGCUGGGGGAGUGGCUGAGUACAGGGCCUCAGAGGGAAAGACGGUGGAGGUGCCCUUUAAAGGGGAUGUGGAACAUACCAUCCGAGACAUCCUUGGAGGCAUCCGCUCCACAUGUACCUACGUGGGAGCAGCUAAACUGAAGGAGUUGAGCCGGAGAACCACCUUCAUCCGGGUCACCCAGCAGGUGAAUCCAAUCUUCAGUGAUGAGAGCUAGACCUGAGCAGCUGUGCCCUCUCAAGGCACUAGCACCUCCCAAGUGGGUUCCUCACCCAUCCGAACUACUAUGGCUAUUUAUCACUCAGUCAUUUCCAGUUGUCUCACUGCUGAGGGCUCCUGCAGUAAUUCUGUACUCUGUACACACAUAAUGCCCAGGGCACACACUGGGGAGGAAGCGAGGCAGCCAAGCUAAGAAAAUGAAGACAGUCAAAUGCACACUGGGGACCCAGCAUCCCGAAGAUUAUUAAAAGGAAAAGAUGCUGGUUCCUAUCUAGGUGUUUAAUGUGGCUUUGAUCUGGAAGAGUUAGGCUCUUGAAAUCAUGUUUUGGUAAUGAGCUUCAUUAAAUAGGAGCUUUGAAUACCUAAAAAGCUCAGAAGUGUUGACGCAUUUUAAAUAUCUCAAUAAAGAGACCUCAGUGACUUUAAA